GUUGCAGUAAGCUGGGAUCAUGCCCCUGCACUCCGGCCUGGGUGACAGACCAAGACUCCAACUCAAAGAAAAUUUUGUGGAACACAUUUUCUCACUGACGUGAAAAAUGUUUCAAAGAUGAAUAAUGUCCAUCAAGCCAUGGCAAUGGAAGUGAGGAUGAUAAAGAAUUGCACAGCUGUGUACAACCUCACUGUUAGUAUCCUGCUGGGAUAGUUGGUCUCCUCAUCACUGUAGCAUCUUUUAUGUACAGCAGAGGGCAGAAGCUCCUUGGCAUGUAUGUGAGGGAACCACAUAAAUGGAAGGCUGAUAUUCCUGAGAAGGGAGGAUGUGCAAACAGUCACAGAAUAAAGCCUUUGUAAAGGAAAGGCGGCUGAUGAGAUGGAGUGCUUCCUUCACCUGCGGUGGGUCUGUAGCCAUGAAAUCUCCCACUCACAAUCGCUUUUUGUAGCUACUGGAAGCACUAGGCCUCUGACCUGCCAUCAUCCUUGUUAUGAUGUCAUAAUCAUAUUCUGUCCCUGUUUAUUGCAGUUCUCUGGUUUGUCUGGAGUGUUUGCAAGUCAGUCAUCAUAGUGGCAGCUUCUGCCUGCUACAGGAUAUUUAUAUAUGGAAACAUACCAUGGCAGGAGUGCUGGAAAGGUGGUGUCAGCUUACACAGUUGCUUCAGCCAAAUAAGGACGGUAACUUCAAUCCAGUAAAAACCUCAUCAGUUACCAACUAAAUCAGGACAUGGUGUUUUUUGUUGUUUUCUUUUUAAAGCAUAGUUUUAGUAAGAUGUUUACUAAAAACCUUAGACAUUAUGAAAAAAGUCAGGAUUUGGAAUCUUACACUGCUUGGCUAAAUUAAGACUAAAUAUAAACCAACAGUUUCAUACUGGGGCUUAUGGGCCUCAUAGGAGCACCUGUAUGCUGAAGAAAGGCAAAGAGAGAACUACAGAAUUUGUAGAAACGUUUUGUUGUAGUUGCUUCUGAACAAUUAGUUUUUGUUUGUUUGUUUUGUUUUUCUGGUAACCUAGCAGUCAAAGCUCACAUUUUUUGUUUUCUUCCAGGGACAAUGACUCAUUCUUCCCAGGACACUGGUUCUUGUGACAUUCAGGAAGAUGGAAAGCUUUAUGUGGUGGAUUCCAUAAAUGACUUAAACAAAUUAAACCUCUGUCCAGCCGGAUCGCAGCAUCUGUUCCCUCUAGAGGACAAAAUCCCAGUCCUUGGCACAAACUCAGGAAAUGGAAGCCGGAGUCUGUUUUUUGUGGGGCUGCUAAUUGUGCUGAUUGUCAGCCUGGCACUGGUUUUUUUCGUGAUAUUUCUAAUAGUUCAAACUGGAAACAAGAUGGAUGAUGUGUCAAGAAGACUAACAGCUGAAGGAAAAGACAUAGAUGAUCUUAAGAGAAUAAACAAUAUGAUUGUAAAGCGACUCAACCAAUUGGACUCUGAACAAAACUAAAGAAAUUAUUUUCUGAGAGCAACUGCUAACACCUUGAGCUUCUUACUUUCCUGGGAGUGUACAGGGUUAGGAACUGAGAAACUGCAUUUCUUCAGGCAACAGAUGAUCUGGUCAGGGAACCCACCCCUGGGGCCCACUUUCUGCAGCAAGAUGGGAUCAACCCCAAGGCAAGUGGGUAUGGGAAUAGCAACUAAAAAGGGGUGAACUUGUCUCAGCCCCCUUUUAUGGUAGGACACUUCAUCUUUAAUGGGGUUAAGGGUUGGCGUCUAGCAGGGAGGAGAAUCAACAGAAGGCAAGAGAACUUGACUACGUACAUACAGGUUCUUACCGAAGGAGCUUUGCUACCAGAACAAAUUCACUGUGUCAGUGAAGUUCAUGACAUCUCAUGCACCUUUACAGAUGCCUGGGAAAGCCUGAGAAAUUCAUUGAGUUUUAUGUGUUGAAGGGAACCAGGUGAUUACUCUUUUCAAUAAGAUGGAUUCUGCUCGGGUGAUUAGAAUUUAACUCUAUUUCCCCAGGGACAGCAAUGGGUGGGCCCCAGAGCUAGUUGCUGUCUAGUGUUUGCUGGUGAAAACAUGAGCAGUAGUUAUGGCAUUGGAUCUGGUUAUGUAGGGUUGGAGGUUGAAAGGGAAAGCCUAAUUAAUUCAACUAAUGUUUAUUAAGCUCCUACUCUGUGCAUAUCACUCUACUCUAGAGGAGCUUCCAUAAGAGUGCAGGAUAAAGAAAGGAGAUGGACAGUUAUAUGUAAUUAUAUAAGCUUCGUUUACUUUGUUUCUCAUGAAAAAACCCCUUUGGUACCCUGCUGAUUGAUUUGGAAGAAAUCUGGUAGGUUUGUGGCCUUUGCUAAAUUACGCUAGGAAAUUAUGUAGUUAGAAUAUUUGGAACCUGCAUUAGUUCCAGCAACGAAAGUAAGACACACAGCAUAUGACAUAAGAUACAGUGUGAAAUAAAUGAGUUUAAAAAGCA